CGUCCACUCGUCCAGAAGCAACAUAAAAUGGAAAGAAAAGAGAAAAGUGGCCAUGAAAAACGCAUCAGGAAAUCGUUGAAAGAAGCUGCUUCAGCUACCGGGCAGAAAUCUUUGCUAACAUUUUUGGAAAAAAAUUCUAAUGUAAAUGCAACAGAAAAGCGGGUACAACAGCCCUUGUUAUCAGGAAGAGAAAGUAAUAUUAUAGCUAGAGGUGAUGGGAAUUAUCUAACAGUUGUUAGUCAAAGCCCACAGGCUCUUUCAAUAGAAACUCAAACAAGUUGCUGGUAUAAAGGCAAAAAACUAGAUAUUAACUGGCUGGUGUCAUGUGCCGAAGACUGCUUAGAGUUGGCAAAAGAGGUCAAAGACAAUUGGCAAAGACCAGUGAUUAAAUGUUUAUUGUGCAGCAAGAAUGAGAUGGAAGUGAGAAAGUUCGCCAACAAUGGAAAAAUACCUCUCGCAUGUGGAGUUCGUGUUGAUGGGAAGGACAGAUUAAGUAACGUAGUAGAUCAUUUAUUUUCACCCGCACACAAAGAGUCUUUGCGUUUAAAGCAACUUGAUGAAUCAUGGAAUAAUUCGUCUGAUAGUCAUCGAAGGAUAAAAGUGAUGAAAAAAUGCAAAGCUGAAACAUUGGAAAUUCUUUUACGCCUGGCAGUUGAUGCGUACAAUGAUUGUAGAACCAAACGCUCAGUGCUAUUGCCAUCAAGGUCUUUGGCAGUUGAACACAGCAACCAUUUAGUGCGUGUGUCCCAAAACGAAGGAUGGGAUGCAGAGUUUGUUUCCUUCGACCGGCCUGGCUCGUUGUAUCAUUACCAAGAUUCUGUAUCUUAUGCAGAAAUGAGAGAUAUAAUUGGUCAGCAUGAAAUGGAGAAAACAGCAAAAUUCUUGAGAGAUUGUCUUUGUUAUUCUGUACAAAUUGACGGCAGUUCUGAUCGCCAGUAAGUUUACUCUAAGUUCAUAACAGCAAGGUAUAUGUCUCCAGAAGAGGUAAGUGUCAAUACUCUUUUUCUUGGGAUCUCAGUGGUGUUAAGGUUGAGACAACAAAGCUGGUAGGUGUAACAACUGAUGGGGAGAAUGCCAAAACGUUAAAGCAUGGUGGUUUGUGGAAAUUGUUAAGAGAACAUACUUGAAGAGAUAUUGUGACUACAUGGCGUGUUUUCCAUCGGCGCCAGGCCUCAGAAUUUUUUUUUUUGGGGGGGGGGAAUUUGAGGAUCAAACUCAUAUUUUUGGGGGAGGAGCGAGAUAGAAUUUUUAGAAAGGUCGCCCCCCCCCCAGGAGAUUCGCCCCCUCUGAAAAAGGGGGCGAAUACCCUAGAAAUAUUUUAUUUGUAAGCAGUUAACCCAGUAUGUACAACUUUUUGACAUUUCCAAAACACUUUGACGUGAGAUUUGCUGAACUCACGUUAAACAUUUUAAAGGCUGUGCUGAAUAAUCUUGAAGCUGCCAGAAACCUAUGAUCGAAAUGGCCAAUGGGACUAUUGAAUAAGACAAAACAGUAAAAUUAAAAAGCAACAGCCCAAGGUUUUCUAAGAAAAUAGAAGAAAGGCACACAGCAGGUAAUUAAAUGUAGUUUGUCAUAAUUAUUGAAGUAUGAUACAUGGUUUAGUACAAUCACCAAAAUAGUCCAAUAUAUUUACAGGUGUGGCUGAGUACUGUCAUGUUUGAUAUUUGAAACAUAUUCAAGAAUCUGCAAAAAGUCUUUCAAAAGUCCAACUUAAUAUUGUUCGAUGUUAUAUCUGCCAGAGAUUCUGCAAUUGUUAACCUCAGCGGCUUGAAAGAGAUGCCUCUACCUGGUGGAAAAGAAGAGAAGUAACGGGAAGAGCUUGAACAUUGUAGUGCUGAAACUGAUGAAAGUUGUGGACGGAGCCAGGGGUCCAAUGCAAGAAAUAAAUAUGCAACCACGACAAGCAAACAAGAGAGCGCUGUGCGACUUGAAGUUGUUCAGCCUGCCAUCAACUUCCUUGACCAAAGGAUGAACAUUGAAGAAGACGACACUAUUCACAACUUGAAAGAGAUCCUUGAUGCAAAGUCACCCACGGAGUUAAUUAUUGCAAGUAGAGGUCUGGUCAGUCAAAUAUUCAGACCUGAUGAUUUUGGACAAUUUGUUGAAAAUGUCUGCCAAUCAUGGACAAAAAUUAGCAAUAUAAAUUAUGUUGUUGACAUUCAAGAUGUUGGCACAUCGUGUGCUUUACGUUUGAGAAAAAUGACGCAGGCUAGCUGUGGACUUCUCAAAAAGUUUCGUGCAGCGUUAUUAACGUUGACACCAUACAGCAUGGCAAACUGA